AUGAAAUCUUACUGGCAAAUGCCAAAUCUCACGGACAAAUCUAAUCAAACGAUAAGGAUGCACUCUCUAUGCUUAGUUCAACAUUUGGAUGGAGGAACUAGCAGAUAUGGUAUCAAUGCAGAUGGAAUGUCGUAUGUCAAAUUUAGACAUGCGUGGUACUCAUAUCUCGCUUUACUUGACAUCAACUAUGACCUGGGAUUCCAGUGUGACAUCUGUGGCCCAUCACAAAGCACCAUACUGCCCCCAGAGCAUCGUCCCCUGUUAGAGCUUCUGGCCAGUCCAUCACCUGCAUGUGCUCUUAUUCCAUACAAUACAGUUAAUGAAAAGAUCCUUUCUAAGAUUUUUGAGUCUCCAAAAGACAUAUCAAGGGAUGCAGAACUUCUGAACAGUAUUCAAAUUAACAUUCCUUUACUUUUUGAAAUACUAAGAUCUGUGUCAUUUGAAAUUUCUUCAGAGUAUAAAGAGAUAAUUUCCAAAGUAUUUGCCAAAUCCAAAGCUACAUUUCCUAAUCCAAAUACAUCAGACCAGUUUCAUAAUCCAAAGACUGAAGAUCCUGUGACAAAGGAGGAGUUAGACAAUGCCGCUCAGAUUGCCUUUUUCCCAAAGCUUGAACCGAUCCGUCAGAGGGGAAGGUAUGCAGCAGACAAAGGAAAGUUUAAUGCUGAAAGCUGUAGGAAAGAUUCAACCAAACACCCAACAUUACUGCCAGGGAUUUUCACUGUCUUUUGUCAACAUGGAAUUUGCUAUGGAUUCCAGAUAAUGGAGAACAACGAGUCACCCAAUGUUCCAUUUACCUUCAUAAGAACGAGGUUUUUAACAGGCCGCCUACAAGAAACAACAGAUGGAUGA